GCACAAGAUAAUCAGUGUGUCUAAAGUGAUAAUUACUGGAAUCGCCAAUGAUGAGAGCAUUUCUUCUGGUCGACCACAAAAACCUGAACACCUCCUUCAUUCUUCCCUUUCUCCAUCCACACCACCAUGUCAGAAACUGAAUCUACUGUGGUGCCCAAUUUCCUGGACGAGAACAGGGAACUCACCCAACAAUGCAAGGACCUCAUUCCCACUUUACCAUUGGAGAAAGGUUGGCUCUCAAAGCAUCUUCACCAGUACCAGGGCUUCUGGCACACCACAAGGCAGCUUCAAGGACUUCUCUCCUGCCAAAACCACUUCCAGGCUCAUCACACCGAUCUUCUCAUCGUAACCACUCCCAAAUCAGGCACCACUUGGCUCAAAGCUUGGACCUUUUCCUUACUCCACCGCCACAACUAUCACCCAAGUGCACAAAACCACCCUUUGCUCACUCACAAUCCCCACUUUCUUGUUCCCUUCUUGGAACUUGAUCUCUACAUUGACAAACCCUCACUCCCUGACCUCUCCGCAAUGCCCUCUCCAAGGCUCUUCUCCACCCACAUGCCCUAUGUCUCACUCCCAGAAUCUGUCACACAAACGUCUUGCAAGAUCGUUUAUCUCUGUAGAGACCCCAAAGACGCUUUCAUCUCCCUCUGGCAUUUCACAAACAGGCUCAGGCCGCAAACCAUGCUGCCCAACUCUCUCCAUCAGGCAUUCCACAACUUCUGCAGAGGGGUCUCUCUGUAUGGACCCUUUUGGGAGCAUGUGUUGGAGUACUGGCAGAAGAGCUUGGAACACCCCGACAAGAUCAUGUUCAUGAGGUUUGAGGAAAUGAAACUCAACCCCGAAUUCGUGUUGAAGAAACUCGCCACCUUUUUGGGGUGCCCUUUUUCCCGUGAAGAAGAGGAAGCUGGUCUGGUGCAAGAGAUUCUCAAGCUCUGUAGUUUUGAUAAGUUGAGCAACUUGCAGGUGAAUAGGAAUGGGAGGCUUUCGUCUGGUGAAGCACACCGAGCUUUCUUCCGCCGUGGUGAAAUCGGAGAUUGGAAGAAUCAUCUCACUGCUGACAUGAUUCAGCAACUCGAUGCCAUCACUCAAGAGAAACUGGCCCCACAUGGUUUGAGGUUUUAGAAUGACUCUAUGUUUAUUUAGUUAUAAACGGUUUUUAACCGAUGAUGUUGUUGUGGUUGCAAAAUGUUUUUGUUUGGUUUUAAGUCUGGCUUUUGCAGGCAAAUAAACUCUCUUUCCCUCACCAAAGCGUGCAAUUUCAAAUGUAUGAAUAAAGAAAAACUUGCUAUUUUGUUUUA